CACAAUCGUCCACUUGUGUCACAGAUUGCGGAGAGGCAACAUUACAUUACAAGAAUCAUAACACCCACAGACGCAAAUCAAAAUGGCAGAUGAUGAUGUUACCGCUUUAGUUGUGGACAAUGGGUCCGGAAUGUGUAAAGCUGGAUUUGCCGGUGAUGACGCCCCACGUGCUGUUUUCCCCUCCAUUGUUGGAAGGCCCAGACAUCAGGGUGUGAUGGUUGGUAUGGGACAAAAGGACAGCUAUGUCGGUGACGAGGCCCAGAGCAAGAGAGGAAUCCUCACCCUCAAGUACCCCAUCGAACACGGUAUCGUCACAAACUGGGACGACAUGGAGAAGAUCUGGCAUCAUACCUUCUACAACGAGCUCCGUGUGGCUCCAGAGGAGCACCCCGUCCUCCUGACAGAGGCUCCCCUCAACCCCAAGGCCAACAGGGAAAAGAUGACACAGAUCAUGUUCGAGACCUUCAACUCUCCCGCCAUGUACGUGGCCAUCCAGGCUGUGUUAUCCCUGUACGCCUCAGGUCGUACUACUGGUAUUGUGUUGGACUCUGGUGAUGGUGUGUCCCACACAGUCCCAAUCUACGAAGGUUACGCCCUUCCUCAUGCCAUUAUGAGAUUGGAUCUUGCCGGACGUGAUCUUACAGACUAUCUCAUGAAAAUCCUCACAGAGCGUGGUUACUCAUUCACAACCACAGCCGAGAGAGAAAUCGUCAGAGAUAUUAAAGAAAAGCUGGCAUAUGUUGCCCUUGACUUUGAAUCGGAAAUGGCCACCGCUGCUUCCUCCUCAUCACUGGAGAAAAGCUACGAGCUACCCGACGGUCAGGUCAUCACCAUUGGUAACGAGAGGUUCAGGUGCCCUGAGGCCCUAAUGCAGCCUUCAUUCUUGGGAAUGGAAUGCUCAGGAAUUCAUGAGACCACCUACAACAGCAUCAUGAAGUGUGAUGUUGACAUUCGUAAAGACUUGUACGCCAACAUUGUUAUGUCCGGUGGUACCACUAUGUACCCCGGUAUCGCUGACCGUAUGCAGAAGGAAAUCACCGCCUUGGCUCCAAGCAGCAUGAAAAUCAAGGUUAUUGCUCCACCAGAGAGGAAAUACUCCGUCUGGAUCGGUGGCUCCAUCUUGGCUUCUCUGUCUACCUUCCAACAGAUGUGGAUCAGUAAACAGGAGUAUGAUGAGUCUGGUCCAUCCAUCGUCCACAGGAAAUGUUUCUAAAUCAAACUUGUGACGUUUCUAUUACUGAUUUUACAAUGUGUGCAAUGCCUAGCGUCUUUUGACAUCAAACGGAUGCAAAACAACCGAGAUCAACUGACAGUCAUGAUUUACGGGUCACGUGUGUCGCGUGGUUGAGAGUACAUGUACUCUGUGACUUUGUCGAAAUAUCUGUAUCAAAUUACUUGUCCAUUAUUUAUUAUAGAUGCAGAAAGUUACAGUAUUGUUUGGAGAUUUAAUUGUUCUUGUUACUUCUUUGUUGAACAAAAUCAAUGUUUUAUGCUUAAUAAAUUCUUACAAAA